AUGAAUUACUGCACAGAUCAAGCGGAUCAAACGGAUCAAACUCAACCUUAUUUUUGUGUUCCUACUGUUCCACCACCUCCUUUACCUCCCUUACCACCUUCUGAGUGUCCUCCGAUUUCUUCCCCCAAUCUAAUCACGUUAACGACAUUUAUUGAUCCUUCUUUCUCACUUGCAAAUAAUCCAAAUAAUUCUGAGAUUAGCAUUACCGAUGAUGAUAAUAAUAGAUCUAAACUUCAACUUGAUGAAUCUGAUAUGCUUCAACAAUUAUUAAAAGAUCCUUUAUUAUCAGAUUUAGCAAAAUUAAAUAGUGAAGGUAAUAUUAGUUUAGAAGAGGUGGAUACAUUAAUUGCUUUGGAAACUGGAACUGCAUUUGAAAUUAAAAUUGAACGGGAUGGACUUGAACCAUUUUUCUUGGUGGUUCGUCAAAAUUCAACCAUUGCUGAUCUAAAAAAAUUAAUAAGACUGAAUUUUGAACGGCAACAAAGAAAACAGAAUGUAGGACUUGGGCGAAUCAAAAAAAGUAGUUGGAAAUACAUUUGGAAAACUUAUUGCUUAAUGUUUGAAAAUAAACGAUUAUUACAAGAUAAAAUGCCUUUACAAGAAUAUGGUAUUCGUAGUGGAAAUGUAUUGAAAUUUUCAAGGUUUAUAGGAAAACAAAGAAAAGAAGUGAAUAAAAAAUAA